AUGGACAAUGCAAGAAUGAGCUCUUUCCUGGAGUACCCCAUCCUAAACGGGGGAGACGCGGGGACUUGCUCCGCCCGAGCCUUCCACCCGGACCAUGGGAUUACAACUUUUCAGUCCUGUGCGGUCACUGCCAACAGCUGCAGCGGCGACGAUCGCUUCGUGGUGGGCAGGGGGGUCCAGAUCAGCCCCCACCAUCACCAUCACCACCAUCACCAUUCCCAGACAGCCGCCUACCAGCACCACAACAACCUGGGUAUGUCCUACUCCCACCCGGGCUAUGGCACGCAGAACUUCUCCGCAGGUUACAGCCCCUACUCACUAAAUCAGGAAGCAGAUGUAAAUGGUGGGUAUCCCCAGUGCGCUCCCGCUGUUUACUCUGGAAAUAUUUCAUCUCCCAUGGUCCAGCAUCAUCACCACCAGGGUUAUGCCGGGGGCACGGUGGGUUCGCCUCAGUACAUUCACCACUCAUACGGACAAGAGCAGCAGAACCUGACUCUGGCAACUUAUAAUAAUUCCUUGUCCCCUCUCCAUGCCAGCCACCAAGAAGCCUGUCACUCCCCUUCGGCGGAGACAUCUCCUCCAGCACAAACAUUUGACUGGAUGAAAGUAAAAAGAAACCCUCCGAAAACAGGGAAAGCCGGUGAAUACGGAUACGUAGGUCAACCCAACACGGUGCGCACCAAUUUCACCACGAAGCAGCUCACCGAGUUGGAGAAGGAGUUUCAUUUCAACAAGUACCUGACGCGGGCCAGGAGGGUGGAAAUAGCCGCCUCCCUGCAACUCAAUGAGACCCAGGUGAAGAUCUGGUUCCAGAACCGUCGCAUGAAGCAGAAGAAGCGCGAGAAGGAGGGCCUGCUCCCCAUCUCCCCCGCCACCCCAACUGGAAGCGAGGAGAAGACGGAGGAAUCCUCGGAGAAGUCCACUUCUUCUCCUUGCGCCCCUUCCCCCGCUUCCUCUACCUCAGACACUAUGACUACCUCCAACUGA